UCAUGCUUUCGUCUUGAUUAGUGCCGGUAUAGCGCACAUCGCUUCAGUUGGCGGAACUAGCGUGACAUCGAUCAGCUGCUUUCGAGUGCCGUGAGGGAUCAUAAGAACCUGUGCAGGCUGUGUAUAGCGCCCGGUAAAAUAGAGGAUUAACAAACGUUCACCGCGUCGAAAGUGAAGAGUGAGGUGAGCCGCGAGUGCGCUGAUUGUUUCGCGAGCGAGGAAUUGGACUAUUAAUGACUAUUGUUAGGGACGAGGAGGCGGAAGCAGACAGUGCCAUGCAUCAUCCGAGCUCGGAUCACAAUCUCGGAUGGGAGACUUCCCAGUCACCCGAGCACUGGCCGGAGGACGAGGAGGACUCCUGCCACAAGAGUUUGGACGUUGAUUCGCCUAAUAAUUUUCCCAUGGAUCCGAAUUGGCGCAAGCUGUACGAAAUAAAUGACGAUCCAAAGAGGAGAGAGUUCCUAGACGAUUUGUUUACGUUCAUGCAAAACAAAGGCUCGCCAAUCAAUCGGUUACCAAUAAUGGCCAAGUCAGUGCUCGACUUGUACGAAUUGUACAACUUGGUGAUCGCUCGCGGUGGCCUCGUCGAUGUCAUCAACAAAAAACUCUGGCAGGAAAUCAUCAAAGGCCUUCACCUCCCUUCGAGCAUCACCUCGGCUGCUUUCACGUUGCGAACUCAAUACAUGAAGUACUUGUACCCGUACGAGUGCGCGAAGAAGAACCUCUCGACGCCGGACGAGCUGCAAGUGGCCAUUGACGGUAACAAACGGGAGGGCCGGCGGAGCAACUACGGGGCCUACGGGACGAACGGGGGCCCGGGCACGCCCAUGCACGAGGCCCUCGGCCACCAGCGCGGCGCGCACACCCCAAACAGCCUCGCGUCCCACUUGCACGGCCAACUGUCGCCCCUGUCGCUUGUCACCGCCGUUCAGCAGGCGGCCGCCGCCGGUGGCCAGCACCAAGCUCUGCACAACGGCAGCGCCGCCCACGCGCCCCUCACGCACCACCCGCACCACCCCCAGCAGCCCGGUAUGAUGCAGCUACCGAACGCAGGUAUAGCCCCGGAGAUGUUCAACGAGUUCAUGAAGCAGCUGCAGCGCGACUUCAGGCGCUCAGUGACGACGCCAUCGAGGGGGGACAGCGAGUCACCGCAGCCACAACGGUCGUCCCCGACCCGCGAGCAAGCCGCUCUCCAGUUCGAGAUGUCGCGUUUCAACAUUUGGAACAACUUCUACACCAGCAACGUCCAGGCGAGCCUCGGCUACCCGAUCCAGGCAGCCUCCCCGCCGCGGACGGCCUCGCGCUCGCCCCUCGUCCACCUCGAGAGCCCCGAGCCGCAGCGAGAGGCCCUCGACCUGGGCAUCAAGUCUUCCUCGAGCGUCUCCUCGCACGGACAAACCAGCCCGAACCCCUCGCACGCCAGCAGUGGCGUGGCCAUCAAGCGUGAAAUGGAGCAUGACUCGUCCCCGACCGCCCUGGUAUCGGCCAAGCGGCCCCGUCGUGCUGUCGAGCCGGUUUCGGUCCCCGACAACGCCGAGGACACCCCCCACGAGGCCAACGGCGGCCCUCUUCAGCCCAACACACACAUUAAGAUCACGAACAGAGGUGAUGGUAACGAAAACUCUCUCGUAGUCAGUAUGGAGCUUAACGGUGUUACAUACCAGGGAGUUCUAUUCGCCCAGACGGAGAAUAGAAGUUCGCAUGGGCUCCCUGAAUCGGGUGGCCACACGGCACGGCGGAGCCCUUCUUCUCGCAACGUAGUCUUGUAAGCCGAGUUCACCGGUGUCAGUGUACGCUUCGAUGCAACUAGUACACACAAACACACACACGCCCCUUUACUCACACACAUGCAUGAGUUGACUUUUAAUGGUCAUCGGUUGAUCGCGCAUACACAUAUCAGUAUAUACACACUGUAUACUUAGUCUUUUAUCACCGCUCCUCUCAUGAAUAAUUACGUUCAUAUUUCCAUAAAACGCGCGUAUGUAUGUGCGAAUGUAUGUGUUUGAGUGCAUAUAUAUGUAUAUUUAUGCGUAGGAAACUUAAACUGUCACUGAUACUUGACUCAAAGGGAUAUAAAUAUUAAUAAAGUAUUGUGCGUAUGAAGACAAGCAAUGGCCAAGCGGCAUUUUUUUUCAAUAUGAGACCAGUAUU